GGAGUUGAGUGAUGUUGCUCCGCUGGUAAUGGGUAAGCUAUGUAUUGUAUCUUGUAUAAGGUCGUAAAGUGGUGUAUUGCCAAAAUCAGUGCACAGAUGUUUUAAUUACCACAGUGCUGUGGACGAAUUAAUUUGUUGCCAUGGAUACAGCGCAAGAUCCUUCGUCGUAAUUAGAGGACUCCGGUGUUGAUUGACGGAUGUUGUUGCUCCUCCAGACGCAGUCCGGAGGGAAAUAAACUCAUGGUGACAGGGGUGUAAAAAUACUCCGCUGCUCUUACAUCAGUGCGCUCUGUGAUAUUUUUGGGAUCUUUCCCCCUUCGUGUCGGAGCGGUUAGCCCGCAUAUCUACUCCUCUAGCAGCUCGGGAUUGUCGCCUGCUCACGACGACGACUUCUCCGCAGCGCAGGGGAGGGAGAGGAGGCACAGCGCGUCCGGAGGUCUCGGCGUGAACAUGUAAGAGGAACAGUAGCAGCAGAAGUGAGGAGGAGGAGGACACCGUCCGUGGAGGGACUGGGGCACAAAAAGUGACGGCUCGACCCCCGUGAGGAUAUGGAGGGGACUAAAGCGCCCAGCCCCGCUGCCUGUGUGAGCCCUGCGGGGACAGGGGUCCUGAGCGCUGCUGUGCGGCCGACAGGGGACACAGCCGGGUUUGGAUAAUGCGCGCUCUGAUGAUCCUGUGCCACCGGUCACAAACUUAAUAUCAGUUUGAAUCUCGUAUGAACUAAUGCAGAAAUGGAUACUCACAAAAUAGACUGGCUUGUAAUCGUUUGUGCAAUAAAGUUGUUUUAAUGAUUUAUUUUGAUGCGCUCUGGAGAUGUGGAGUGCGUUUAUGAACGGCUCGGGGCUGCACGGUGGGGGCGGUGCUGGCGGCGGCGGUGGCAGCGGGGGAUAUGUCCCCUCUCAGGGAUGGGAGUUUGUGCCGUGCACCAGGAUGGACAGGGUCGACCGAGGCAGGAGCAAAGCCCGGAGUCCGCUGAGGAGGAUCUCCUCUCCGCCCACCGUCUUCAGUCAGUUCUACGAGCCGCAGUUCGGAGCUUCACCGGGUGGAGGAGGAGGAGGAAGAGGACUGGGUGAACCGGGCACGCAGCUGGAGAUCCUUAGGGGACAAAUGUGGCCCGGUCCUGAACCAACAGUCCCGCAGCAACAGCCGCAGCAAACUCAACACACACGGCUUAAAAAGAAGUUUGACGAUUUGAAAAAGAGACAUGUGCAGGACAAGGAGGAGUGGAUGCGUGAGAAGGAGUCAUUGUUGAGAGAAGUGGCUGACAUACAAGUUGACAAGACCGCUGCCUACUGUGUUUCCAUGCAGGGAGGGGAGAACAGGAGGAUUCUGCUGGACCUGAAGACAGUUUUGGAGGAAGUGCAGACGGAGGUGAAGAGAGAGGAGGAGAAGAGGAGCGAUCUCCAGCUGCAGUACACCAGAGACAGAUGUGCCUGGGAGCUGGAGAAGGCUGAGCUCAAAUGCAGGAUUGUACAGGUAG